AUGAUCGCCAAAAGUCUUGUUUUCGCUGUGCUAGCGGCUCAUGCUGCUGCUGGGCCUUGUAAGCCUGGUGGGCUUUCAUCCAAUACAUUCUUCGCCACCAGUGAAUCUACCAGCGAGCCCACCACUUCUGAAACAAGUGUCUUCGAUUCAGUGACUACAACCUCUUCUGAGCAAGCCACAACGACGACAGAGGCAGCAACCACUACAACCAGCGCCUCUGUACCUGCCGGUGAGGCCAUUAUCUUCCAGGUCAACCCUCGACGUCGUCUUUCGAAACGAGAUACAACAUUCGUGGGCAGCAACAACCCAACCGAAUGCACCUUUGCCUCAGUCUUCCGCCUCGACGAGGGAAAGCUUCUGGAGAACGGAGAGCCUAUCUACUAUGCUGGCAGUGGAUACCAGGAGCUUGCUGCACAGGGCGAACCACCAGCUGAUUCUGUCACGACAACAUUCUCAAUUGCCGGGGGUCGCCUUUCAUGGACAGAUGCGUCGUUUGGCGAGGCCGGCUUCUGCCAGACAGAUUCUGAUGGACAGGUGUACAUCACCUUCGGGUCAGAGCCUGUCGGCUGUGAACCUGUGACACUCACAGCGUAUAAAGAGGAACAAUGCCAAAAUGGACAGAUCGUCGGCGUCGAAACGUCCAGUGCCGAGACAACUCCCGCAACAGAGACUACCGCCUCUUCUGAUGCUGUCCAAACCACGACUACUGCUGAUGCCUGUGCUGUCGGCAUUGGUGGCUUGAACGGCGAGCCUCCCCGAGAGAGUCGUCUUUCUGACUGUUCAGCACUGAACACUGUCACAGUCAGCCCAUACCCAGAAACUUCAACCGUGUUCAAGCGCGAAGUUGCAUUCCGUAUUCCUACAGGCUUCCCGACCUGGCGACCUGCAAUGAACACUCUUGCUGCCCGUGCAGAGGGAGAACCAACAGCCACUACCAUCCAACCAACCGAGGUUCCUGCUUACGCUACGUACUGCGACUCUCCCGAAGCGUACUACGCAGCUUGCUCAGAGGCUGGAAUCACUGCAUUCACGACUACCCUUCCUACGCCGACUACUUCCACUUCCACCACUGUUAGUGAUUGCCCAGCGAAGCGUCUUGUGAGGCGAGCUGGUGAGCACAUGGGCUCUUAUGGGACUGAUAAGGCUGAGCCCGAUGUGGCGGUGGCGAAGCAACUAGACCAGGCAUAUUUUCAAGGAUGCCAGGGGGACGUGACAGUAAAGCCCCAAUGUCACUCGCUGGCACAGAUCAUUAGCGCCUCCACCAAGCUUUCAGCUUGGCGAUUCAUAAUUGCUAACCGAGCGAGACCUCACUUCACAAUUCUCGAACCACCAAACACCGUCUAUUUACUAACACAUCGACAUUUUAUCGCCAUGGAUCGCGAACAAUUAUCUGGCCUAGACGAAAAGGCGUUUGCAGAAAAGGUGCCGACAAUGCUCUGGUCAGAUCGAGAAACGCUUUUCGAGGAUGGAAGUGAAGAUAUCGACAUUAUCAGGUCACGCGCAGCAGAACCUGCAACCGUGGAAGCCAUUUCGUCCGUCCUCACUUCUCCGAUAAAAGAUGAAGAUUACGAUACACUGAGAGUGCAUCAAAAAGCAUUAUACUCUGUCCUUCUUAAACUCCCCUUCGAAAAGCUUCAGCCAUAUCGACAGGCUUUGGCUGCACUCGCUGCAUUCGUUAUCUCGGAUUUCGCCCAUCGCUCGUCGCAUUAUGCCCAGACUUGUCAUGUCAUUCACAACGCCGGUCUUCUUGAACGCUUCGCCUCAGAUUCCAAGGCAGUCUGGGUCACCAAGGACAAAUUCGACAUGGUCAGCGAUCGUACACUUACAGAGCGAGUCCAUACAGCUGAAGAGAUGAGGCCAUACAUGCCCGAGCUGUUUGACUGGCUUGUUGACGCGAACAAUCCUCCUUUCAUGCCUUGUCGAAACCAGCUUGCUCGAUUUCCCGAGACUGCUGCUAUAGUUGCAGCUGAAGUUCUGACUAAGGCAAACGAAGAGAAGGAUGAAGAAUAUCAGCACUAUCUGGUCGACUUUGUCUCUGAUUGUGUGCCUAUUGGAGAGGCUUGGAAACCAGUGCGAGAACCCGUUCAAGCUUUGGUGAGAGCGUUGGAAGAUAGGGGCGAAGACGUUGAGGAACUGGUUGAUGAGGCGAAAGAAUGGUUGGCGAAGUUGGAACAAUGGGAAACGUUGAAGAAGGAAGAAGAGUAG